AUGUGGAGUUCGCUACCAUGGAUAACGAGAGAAGGUGUUGGUGGUGCAACAGAUCCCGAUGCAGAGGUGGUGGCGCUGCAGCCGGAGGAUCUGCUGGCGACGGGCCGAUACAUCUGCGAGGUGUGCGGGAAGGGAUUCCAGCGGGAUCAGAACCUGCAGCUGCACAUGCGCACCCACAACAUCAACUGGGAGCUCAAGAAGAGCGGCGGCACGCCGGCGCGCCGCAAGGCCUACAUCUGCCCCGUGCCAACCUGCGUCUACAAUGACAGGUCCCGCGCCCUCAGCGACAUCACCGGGAUCAAGAAGCACUUCAACAGGAAGCACGGGACCAAGAAUCUGAUAUGCCCUCAGUGCUCCAAGCCCUAUGCCGUGGAGGCGGAUCUCAAGGCCCACCUGAAGAACCACAUCCUGCGCGACCAUCAAUGCGAGUGCGGCAGUACCUUCUCCAGAAAGAACAGCUACGAGGCGCACCGGGCAUUCUGCUGCAAGCUGUUAGAGGAGAGCAUGAAGCUGCCUUCUUCGGUCGCCGGAGAGCCGAGCACCAGGGCCGAUGUCGACGUCUUUGGCGGCAAUUUUGAACUUCCCGACAUGAACGAGCAACUGGUCUACACCAACAUCGGGUUUACUUCUCCCCAGGAAGCUCCCCUGCGAGUUGAAGCCACGGCAGAGCAGCCGAACGCGGUCUUGAAUGAUGACCGGGAUGCGCCAUCAGCUGGGCAGCUGAAUCGCUCCGUUGCCAUGCUUCCCGAUGACCCCGACUUCGUGGCAUCUCUCCCAGUGUGCCUAACUCGUCUUCUGAAGUCUCGCUACGAUGAGGUCUUGUGUAUGUACUCUUCUUCCGGCACUUACGGAGGCAUGGCUCAGGUGGCAUCACCACCGCUCGCGGCCAAUCACUCUUUCUCCAACGCAUCUCUCGACGAAUUAAGGGAGGAAAAUGGUCUGAAUGGGAAGUCCUCUACGUUUGAUUUCUUCGGUGGGUCAUCUUCUUCCUUCAUGGAUCAUGGAGCUCCAUCUACAGAGGAAUCACAGGGACUAGGACCUCAUCUUUCACUAUCAAACGUCUGCGCCUAUGGUAAGAGGGAACAGAACUCUGUGGCAGCCAACUCUACAGUCUACAAUGAUUUCCUUAGCUUAUCUGAAUCUCUCACUCUCUCAGCCUCAUUCUUUGACGCAGGGAAGGAGAGCUACUACGCUGGCAUCGAUGAACCGAUGCUUGCAAGCUUGGUUUGCAUGAACUCCAUUCACCAGCCACAUCUAGCCAGUACCUUCACCGAGUCGUCGGCGACGGCGUUGCUGCAGAAGGCAGGGGUGAUGAACGCAACCAUGAGCAUGCCCGCGUCCACAUGCUUCCCCGGUCAGGCGAUGAGCACGGAGAGUAUACUCAACAUGGAGCAAUUUCAGAUCCAGCAGGAGAAGAAUUUUCCACCGGGCGACUCUUCGACGUCACAUUUCCUGACUCUGACGCCGAAUCACCAAACUGAUCCGAGGAAGAGUAGCAUCCACUCUUAUCAGCAACAGGAGAAUUGGAUCAGCGACCCGAGCAGGAGCGCCUUCCAGCUUUACCAGCACGACAGGAGCACUGCGUCAAACAAACCUGCAUCAUCUUCCUUCUUCUGCGACGCGGUGAAAAGCAUGGACUCCUACUCGAAGCUGAAAGACUUGCAGUGGAGCACACAGGAGAAGGCGCCCACCGACUUCACGGAUUUCUUCACGAGUUCCACAGGCAAGAAGCCGACAGAGGAAGACGGCGGCGCCGGGAAUGCAGUGCUGGGGUUUCCUGCUGCUGAGCCAAUCAUGGCACCCUAUGCUUUGCCCUCCGAGACUGCGCCGGAAAACAGAGGAACAGAAACAGGAUGGAACCGGCGAGUGGAAGCGGUGGCUCCACCGCCAUCGUCGUCGAUGAACCAGAACGGCGAUGGCGUGACCAUGGAUCUCCUGGGAAUGGGAGGAGAAGGGGCGGAGGCCGGAGGAUACAGCGAGGACCAGAUGGGCUUCUUCUUCGGCAACGGUGGCUGUUUCUGGUGA